AUUAUAUGUUAAUAUAUAAUGAAAUUAUUGAUUCACCAACUCUGGUCACAUAGAAGCAUAACUGGCAGUCAAAUUACUGUAUCUUAAAUUUCAUGAAAAUUUCAUAAUCUUUUUUCUAGUGACAUAAUUUUAAAAUUUGUUUUACUAUCAACUGAUUCUGUUUUCCACUACGUUUAAUUGCUUGUCAUUGAAAUCUUAGUCGAACUUCACAUUAAAAUGGCGAAAAAAACAGAACCAUUUCGCCCAUUGAGCGACUCAUUGUACGCUGCUAUCAUGGAAGUUGCUAGCACUUCGAAGGUUGUGACUGAAGAGGACUUGCAAAAAAUCUUUCCUGAUAAAUGCGUCGAUCUAAAAGCUUUUAGAAAAGAUAGUUUAGCUGGUAGCAUUGCAAAUACUCAAGCAGUAAGUGAAAACAGUUAUUCUAGUUCAUCAGUGGUUAGUCCGGAGAUAGUAUCUGGAAAAGAGCUUUCUCAUCUAUCAGCAUUUUUGGAGUUAGAAACGGAUUUGAUUAAGGAACGACAUCAAGAGGAAGAAAAAAAACCGGUAUCACGUUUAGUAUUGUGUGAAACACAACCGAUUGUUGAAGAACGCCAGUCUUCUGUAACAGAUCUGACAGAGGUUUUGAUUACUGAACCAGAAAACUCAGAACUAGCAUACAGGAAACCAAAAAUUAAAGAUUCAAUAUUUACUCAGUCACUUAGUAUUGAGUCAGAAAUCAGUGAAUCUGAAGAAUCUCAAUCAGAAGUAUGUGCGGAUGUAGAAGAGGAUGAAGAUGAAGAUGAGGAUGUAAAUGAAGUCAUUCAAGCCAGACCGUAUAUAUGCCCUUCUUGUUUUAACACAUCAAUACGAUUUGGAGAAGACUUGAGCAUUUAUAGAGAUCAAAUUAAUAAUACCUAUUACAGAAGACUUCAGGAAAUUAGAGAACAUGGCAAUAAUGACAUAGAUCUAAGGUUGAAAACUUAUGAAGAAUGGACUACAACUCUGCGUGAUCUAAACAAGAAAAUGGAUGACAAUAAUCGGGAAUUUGAAAGGGACUUAGUGGAAUGCUUAAAAACAGCUGGAACAAGAACCAAAACGACCACUUUACCAACCGAUAAAUGCACCCAAUAUCGCAACGACUUGGAAAAGUUAAUUAAAGUGAUUAGAAAUGCUUAUGACCACGAUGUCUGGUCUCUUAGCGGUGUGUGCUUUGAAACUAUGGCCAGAAACAACAUUCUGAGUGGUCUCACACGCAAUGGUAGCGCAUCAUGUAGCUCUGAUGACAAAUCGGAAAAAAACAAAUAAGUCAAAUUAUUAGUCUAAAUCCUUAAAUUCAUUCAUUUAGUUAUAAACAUACUUCUAUCUUAUUUAUAUUUUUUUGAAGCAAAGAUUUUAUAUGCAA